AUGGCGAACCACGAUGCGCCCACGACGGCCACCGAGCCAUCGGAGAAGCGGGAAUUCCAGCACCCCAGCGCCGGCCACGCCAAGAAGAAACGCCCGAGUAUCUACACGAUCGAGCCCAUCAAGGCAUUCUACAUCUUCCUUGCGGCAAACAUGCUCGCUGCCCUUUUCGCCCCGAUCCAGGACUGCGACGAGACCUUCAACUACUGGGAGCCCACGCACUAUCUGUCCCACGGCUACGGCCUGCAGACAUGGGAGUACUCGCCUGACUUUGCGAUCCGCAGCUGGCUCUAUGUUGGGCUUCAUGCUGUCAUUGGAAACUUUCGCCGUCUGCUGCCCCGCCCCGACAAGGUUGCCGAGUUCUACUGUGUCCGAUAUGGACUGGCUAUGAUUUGUGCGCUGUGCCAGACGUGGCUGUACCGCUCUGUUACGCUGACGCUCAAUGGCCGCGUUGGGCUGUUUUAUCUAAUGGCUACUGUGAUGAGCCCGGGAAACUUCCAUGCUAGCGCGGCGUAUCUGCCCUCGAGCUUUGCCAUGUAUGCCUGCAUGCUAGGUGCCGCGGCGUUUAUGAACUGGCGCGGUGGACUCAAGACGACCAUUGGUAUCUUUUGGUUUGCCAUUGGCGGAGUCCUCGGCUGGCCUUUUGCUGCGGCCCUGUGUGCGCCGUUCUUGGUGGAAGAGGGUAUUCUUGCUCUGCUGAGCGACAAGGAGGCUCUGAUUGAGGCUAUCCUGCGUGUUGGCCGUGGUGUCAUGGCCGGCUUGAUUGUAAUUUUUUUCGACUUCCUCAUCAACCUCUUCUUUUACAAGAAAAUGGCCAUUGUUAGCUGGAAUAUUGUAAAGUACAACAUCUUCUCGUCGACCGGCGGACCCGAUCUGUACGGCACCGAGCCGUGGACGUUUUAUUUCAAGAAUCUGGCCCUGAACCACAACCUCUGGUUCGUCUUGGCCAUGGCUGCGUUGCCGCUCUUUUUGUUGCAAAAGGUCACCAACCGCUCGGCGCAGACUAUGCAGACUGGCAUGCGAACCGUUGUCUUUCUCGCACCAUUCUACAUGUGGCUCGCCAUCUUUACUGCACAGCCUCACAAAGAAGAGAGAUUCAUGUACCCCGCCUAUCCGUUCCUCGCUAUCAACGCCGCCAUGUCACUCCAUAUUGUCUUGUCAUGGCUUGGCAACCCGGAUCCCAAGACCCUCAUUGGCAAGAUCCCGGCCCGCGUCAAGCUCUUUGGUGUUAUGCUGGUGCUCUUCUUAUCACUAGACAUUAGCGUUGCACGCAUCUACGGACUAUACGAGGGCUACGGCGCUCCUCUUAGCAUCUACAAGCCUCUCUGGGGCGCCGAGGGCAAUAACACGGCUGCCGUUGGUGGAGACGGUGAUAGCGUGUGCUUUGGCAAGGAGUGGUAUCGCUUCCCGUCGUCGUACUUUUUGCCCCGCGACAUGCGUGCCAAGUUUAUCCGCUCCGAGUUCCGCGGACUCUUGCCUGGUGAGUUCUCCGAGGCUCGCACCGGCUUUGGCUUCUGGAGCGGAACGUGGCUGCCGACAAGCGGGCUUAACGACCGCAAUGAGGAGGACGUGACCAAGUAUGUCGAGCUGCGUACCUGCGCGUUCCUGGUAGACACGCAGUAUCCCGAACGCAAGAACGCCAUUACGCCGCGCGAGCCCGACUAUAUUGCCCAAAAGCACAACUGGGAGGUUGUCAAGUGCGAGCGCUUCCUCGAUGCCGAAAACACGCACCUGCUGGCGCGUAUCCUGUGGAUUCCUGACCUGGAUAUUGUGCCCGCCAAGUUCCGCAGACACUGGGGCCGACACUGCCUGCUCAAGAAGGUGCAGAAGUCGGAUCAAGGCAUGUGGAUCGACCCCGGAGAGAUGAUGAUGGGUUAG